AUGGCAAGGUGCUCUUGGACAAUAUUGUUUCUUCUCUCUGCCCUUUUCCUUCAGACAGAGCAGACAGUGUUUAUAUCAGCUGAGGAUGCAAACAAAGUUAUCAAGAGACAGAGGCGUGCCAAUUCCCUACUUUUGGAGGAGGUCUUCCAAGGCAGCUUGGAAAGGGAAUGCCUUGAAGAGAGGUGUACACAUGAAGAAGCAAGAGAAGUAUUUGAAAAUGAUGAAAUGCUUAAAAUGUUUUGGGAUGCCUACUAUGGUGGCAGGAGGUGCUCAUCGAGCCCCUGCCAGCACAACGGCGUGUGCAAGGACAGCAUUCGUGGCUACACCUGCACCUGUGCCGAGGGCUACGAGGGAGAGAACUGUGCUUUUGCUAAAAAUGAAUGUCGCCACCAAGCAAAAGAAGGAUGUCACCACUUCUGCUACCCGGGAAGUAAUUCCUACCGUUGCUCCUGUGCUGAUGGCUAUGAGCUCGGGAAGGACAAAAAACAGUGCAUCGCGUUAGAUCAAUGUGCAUGUGGGAGACUUCAAGAUGGUGAUAAUCUGAUAAGUGAAACCAGGAAGAAACGUGACGAGCGAUUUCCUUGGCAGGUCCUGCUGCUAAACUCAGAAAGGAAGGGUUUCUGCGGAGGAGUGCUGCUAAAAAGUAAUUUCGUAUUGACUACAGCAGAGUGCGCCCUUCUGCACAGCCAUUUUGCAAUCAGCGUUGGUGCCGGGCACAAUGGAACAAGUGGAACUGAGAAGAUAAUGCAAGUUAAUGAGAAACACAUACACAUCAGGUAUGAUGAAGACAGUGGUGAGAACAACAUUGCAUUACUACAACUCCGAGAGCACGUUGAGUGCAACAACCACCAGCUUCCUGUAUGCAUCCCUGAAAGAGACUUUGCAGAACACAUUUUAAUUCCAAAAUUGGCUGGUACAGUCAGUGGCUGGAGAAUGGAAGGUGAUGAACUUCAAGGUGAUGAGUUGCAGGUUUCAUACCUUCCUGUUGAGGACUGCAAACAAAUACUCAACAUAAGCCUCACAAACAGGCAGUUUUGUGGACAUCUCCAGAAGGCCGUAGACAAACAACUGGCUGGAGGAAGCUUUUUAGCUACUGAGUAUAAGGGCACUUGGUUUCUGACUGGUAUCCUGGGAUCUUGGCCACUAGAAGACACUGACUGGGAAACAUUUCUAUUCACUAAGACCGCAAGGUAUAUGAUAUGGUUUAAACAAAAAAUGAAAUAAGACGCAAACACAACCAACCCUCCAGCACCAAACCCCUACCAAUCACUGCAAGGAAACAUUUGGAUGCAGCCAGUACACCCAUUAGACUAUCACGAUUUGCAGCAAUGGAAGUUGCAACAAUGAUACGUGUAUAACUCCAAUCCAUACAGAAAA